AUUGCAAGACGUGGAUUUAUUUUCUUCAGUUAAUUCAUAGCCUAUGUAAACAGUCUGUAGAUCACCUGGUAUUUUCUGGAUUUAUAUAUCGGUACUAGAUAAUGGAACGAAACGGACAGGACUCAUGGCAAAAAGGAAGGAGAUGGGUCGCCGUCGUGCUGACUUUGAGUUUGAUUGUCGGCAAGGCAUCGGGACAGAUAAGAUAUUCUAUAUCGGAAGAGAUCAAGGAAGGAACUGCUGUUGGGAAUGUAGCAAAGGAUCUGGGAAUCGAUCCUAAUAUAUUAAAAACAAGGGGAUUUCGUAUUGUGUCUGGCUCCACUGAACCCCUUUUCGAGGUAAACCAAAAUGAUGGGAUUUUGUACGUAAAUCAUAAUAUUGACCGAGAGAAAAUAUGCCAGCGGACCAGUGCAUGUUUGAUCAACCUUAAAACUGUGCUAGAGAACCCACUGGAGAUCCAUUAUGUCGCUGUGGAAGUGUUAGACGUGAAUGACCACUCGCCGUCUUUCCCGGAGAGCAAAAAAAGGCUAGAGAUUUCAGAGUCCACUUUACCGGGGACCAGAUUUCAGCUGCACGCUGCUCUGGAUCCAGACGGAGGUGUGAAUUCCGUUCAACAGUACAAAUUAAGUCAAAACAAUAAUUUUCGUCUAGAAGUGAAAGAUCGCGGAAAAGAUGGCAAAGUGCCUAUUUUACAAUUACAAAACCCCAUAGACAGAGAGGCCUCUAGCAGCCAUAAACUACUGCUUACAGCCCUGGACGGGGGUAAACCUCCUAAAACAGGGACCAUGGAGAUAUUUAUAGACGUUUUAGAUGUGAAUGAUAACGCGCCAGUGUUUGCACAAGAUGUCUAUUCUGCUGAGAUAAAUGAGAAUUCACCAACUGGAACAAUAGUCAUACGAGUAAAUGCCACAGAUAUAGACGACGGUUUUAAUGGAGAUGUCAGCUAUUCUUUUGGUAAUGUGAACACUAAGGUGCGCGAACUGUUUGAUGUCGAUCCGAGCACAGGUGAAAUAACUGUGAAAGGGCAAUUAGACUACGAACUGGAUGACAGUUACGAGAUAGAUAUCCAAGCAUCUGACAGCGGUGCUGUUCCAUUUAGGACGGAAAAAAGCGUUACUGUAAAUAUUAAAGACAUGAAUGACAACGCACCUGUAAUUGAGGUAACCUCACAGUCCAACACAAUUUCAGAGGAUUCUAGACCAGGAACGACAGUAGCACUUAUCAGCAUUACCGAUUUGGACUCUGGGGUGAACGGGAAAGUUAUCAGCUUUGUAAAAGGCGACGUCCCUUUCACAUUAACGCCAUCAAUACAGGACAACAUGUACGCUGUCGUGACAAAGUCACAGCUUGACAGAGAAAACAAGUCAAUUUAUAAUGUAACAGUAAUCGCGAAAGAUGCAGGUGAGCCAGCCUUAACAUCUGAACAGACAUUAAGAGUUGUUGUAUCCGACGUAAACGAUAACAGUCCUGAGUUUUCAAUAAGCGGAUAUCAUGUUUAUGUCACUGAGAAUAACCCUCUUGGAAUGUCCAUAUUUUCUAUACGCGCGUCUGAUCGCGACGAGGGAGAUAACGCUCUCAUCUCAUAUCAAAUUCAGAGGAAUGCAGGUUAUGAAAAUAAAGCAACAUCAUUCCUAAACAUAAACUCUGAAAACGGAGACAUUUUGGCGCUAAAAAGUUUCGACUUUGAAACUCUGAAAACGUUCCAGUUCCAAGUUGUUGCCUCCGAUUCUGGAACUCCGUCACUGAGCAGCAACGUCACAGUGAACGUGUUCAUUCUGGAUCAGAACGACAACGCUCCAGUCAUCCUGUAUCCAGUCAGCUCUAACGGUUCUGCUGAAGGCGUGGAGGAGAUUCCCCGCAAUGUGAACGCAGGACACUUGGUGACUAAAGUCAGAGCCUAUGACGCUGAUAUAGGAUAUAACGGCUGGUUACUCUUUUCACUGCAGCAAGUCACUGACCACAGUCUCUUUGGUUUGGACCGCUAUACAGGACAGAUCAGAACACUUCGCUCCUUCACAGAGACAGACGAGGCUGAGCACAAACUGAUCAUACUGGUCAAAGACAAUGGGAACGUGUCGCUCUCAGCAACAGCUACUGUGGUGGUCAAACUUGUGGAGCCCAAAGAGGCUUUUGCAGCUUCUGAUGUUAAAAGUUCAGCCAAAGAUGAGGAGGGGACCGAUGUGACUUUUUAUCUGAUGAUAACUUUGGGCUCAGUUUCUGUACUUUUUCUCAUCAGUAUCAUCGUGCUGAUUGCAAUGCAGUGCUCCAAAACC